GCGAAGCAACAUCGGUUUGGCUCCAUAAGCCAGUGAAAAACACAAGCGACCUGCACGCAUGGCGGACAUAGACCUGCGAUGCUGUAAAUAAACAGUCGCAGCAGUGAAAACAUCGGACGUAUUCUACCAGAAUCGGCCACUGAUCCAACAGUACAGCAUUGUACCCGUCCACAUCGACCCGAGCAUGCUAGGGGGCCCGUGCCGGACCGACAGUUGAUACAACAUUCGCAGCAUCGCCUUUCCGUCAGGACAUUCGCCGUCAAGGAUCGUACCCCAAGAAAAAGGCAAGAAACCAACGUGUGCAGUGCAACGAAUCGAUAUUUUGGCGAAUGUAGUGUAAAAGUGCGAAAAGCGGGUGCGGUGGAACUAAAUAUUCCACGCUUGCUGCUUUUUGCUGACAAUUGCGGGCAGAGUGUGCAUGCAGAAGUGCAAUUCGCUGAUCAGAUGUGCGCGUGUGUCAGUAUGUGUGUGUGUGUGAGCAGUGUAUUGAUUGCAGGAGCAUUGUGUAAAAAGCGUUGAUUGAUAUUUUCCACCUCCGUCGCGACAAGAAAAAAAAACACCAUUGCAAAACCAGUGCACCCGGUGGCAAAUAGUAACAUCACCGUCCGUGCGUGACCAAACGAAACCCCAAACCAACACCCCGGGAUUUUUCUCGCUCCUUCCGCGAACGGACAGUGUGCGAAGGAGCAGCUUUUAAAGCAAGAAAAACACGAAAACAGUGCAACAACAAUAACAAGAAAAACGUACAUCGCCAAAAUGUUGUCCAACUACGCGGAGCUGUUUCUCGUCUGUGCCAUCAUACUGAUGCCAAUAUUUUACGAAACGUCGAGCCGCUUCCGGUACUACUUUAAAAUCUUCGUCUACUACGCGGUGGUCAUACUGAACUCCUUCUUUUUCAUACCCAUCUUCCUGUUCCGGCCGUGCGAUGUGAGAAACCUGACACUGGCGAGCAAAUUCUGCCGCCUUGCGUCGCCAAUCAUCAGCAUGAAGUGGGAGGUGCGCGGUGCCGAGCACAUGGGUGCCGAUCGGGCGAUGGUAAUGGUGGCCAACCAUCAAAGCUCACUCGAUAUUUUAGGUAUGUUCGACUUCUGGCACCUGAUGGACAAGUGUACGGUGAUCGCCAAGCGGGAACUGUUUUUCGCCUGGCCGUUCGGGCUGGCCGCCUGGCUGUCCGGGCUGAUCUUCAUCGACCGGCGGCAUGCGCAGCGCGCCCAAACGGCAAUGAACGAGUCCACCAAGAUGCUGAUCGAAAAGCGCACCAAGCUGUGGGUAUUCCCCGAGGGUACGCGCCGCAUCACCAACGAAAUCCACCCGUUCAAAAAGGGCGCUUUCCACGUGGCCGUUCGGGCCCAGCUGCCGAUACUGCCGGUCGUGUACAGCUCGUACCACACGUUCCUGGACACCAAGAACAAGGUGAUGAACCCGGGGCACGUGAUCGUGACCGCGCUGCCACCGAUCGAAACGAAGGGCCUCACGAUCGACGACAUCCCGGAGCUGAUCGAGCGCACCCGCAAUGCGAUGAUCGAAACGUUCAAGGCCACCACCAAGGAGGUGGAGAAUCGGUUCAAUCUGAGCGGCCACGGCAUGACACCGGCCAAGGGUACGACGACGGUGAUCUCGCGCAUUGCGGCCGCCCUGCCCGGUGGCGUGAGCAAGCAGCCGACUACGGCGACUUCGACGACCACCGUGGUGGAUCCGCUUCCGAUCCGGCCCGUUGUUGAGCUGAUUGAACCGGAAGCGCGAAAGAUUGGCUCCCUGCUGGGGGGUGGCGAUGCGUCACCGAUUAAGGAACCGACCGCCUACCGGCGCAAGGAUGUACAGCGGGAUUAGUUUGCUCGUUGUUUUUUGUUUUGUUGUUGCUGUUGGCCCGCUGCAAUGUGGUGUCACAUACACACACACGCGCACUCACACGGGCAACCUAAUUUGUUGUCGAUUGGUUAGGGGUGAAAGCGUGUUUUAAUUUGAUUACGGUUGGAACGGAAAAGGAAAAAGGUUCAAGGAUCCCAUGGGCAGUAUGGGAAUUGCAAUUAUCCUCCUCAUGGUCCAAAGAUCGAGUGAGUUUUAAUACAAACAUAAACGCUUUCCGGCGUCUCUCAGAGAGUGAAAGAGAGAGAGAAAUAGAGCGAAAGAGAGGGGCUCCCGUCCCCGGUUGGUGCGUGUUUUUUUUUGUAAAAAAAAGAAGCAGAGAUGGAGGCCGAGUAAAGGGAUCGUUUCCAUCGCGAAAAAGUACUGUUUUGUGGACGUUUCAAAACGCAAAAAGCGCACCCUGGCGAGAGCGCCGCACCCACAAUCGAACGGGAAAACAGAUUUUGCAAAAGAGAUUACUUUUAGAGAGUUAGACCAAAACCAGACGUUAAAGCAAAACAAAAAACAUUAAAUCAAUGUGCCAUCGUACAGGAGGAAAAGAAAAAGGCACCAUAAAUGUGAACACUCCAAAGAGACACACACACACACACGUCCUCGUUUUGCCUCUAUCACCCAUUUUUAUCUUCAUCACCCUUUUACUUUUGUGUAUAUGUGUACAUGUUGGUUCGAGAAGUCACGAAUUUGUAUUAAAUUAUUAUUAUUAUAUAUAUUCCUUUGCUCUUAUAUAUCCGUAACCAAACGGACGCGCGUUGAAUUGUAGUUCGUAUCAAGGGAAGGGAAAGGAUAAUAGGAAAAUAUGGCUGAAUAGGAAGAAGAAAGGAAGGUAUUCAAAUGUUGGCGAAAAUGGGGGAAAAAGUGCGAAUUGUUAUUUUGAUUUGUUGUUUAUUUACACAGUUUGUUUGUUUGUUUUACAUGCUGAUCUCGUUUGGCACGGUGUAACUCUGUCAUGUAAAAAGUCGAUUACAUAUAUGCACACAUUUACACUGUUUGAACAAAAGUUUUACUAUCCAUUCGCAUCGUCCUUUUCUAGCACCCGUGCGCCCGUAUAUUUUUGUAUAGUAUAGCACACAUUUGCAGACACUUUUGUGAUAGACACGUGUCAGCGCCGUCUCACCACAUGGUUUUGUAACGUUCACCCCAUCUUGGCACUUGGCACUAGUCGGAAAACAGGUGGCAGAGAGAGGGGCGGCGGGCAGGAGAGGAUCGGCAAACGUGGUAAAGAUAGUAUUGCAGAGGCACAGCAUAGUAGGCACAGCGUAUA